AUGAAGGGUCUCGAGCACAAAAAGGCAUUCGCUUCCAUCAUUUUCGAUGCCUCAGCUCCCAUCUCCAAGCAUUUCUUCUCUAAAGUUCCCCUAAUGGCUCGCACAAAGCAAACGGCCCGCAAGUCCACCGGCGGCAAGGCGCCGCGCAAGCAACUGGCCACCAAGGCCGCAAGGAAGUCAGCGCCCGCCACGGGCGGCGUGAAGAAGCCUCACCGGUACCGCCCGGGCACGGUGGCGCUGCGCGAGAUCCGCAAGUACCAGAAGUCGACGGAGCUGCUCAUCCGCAAGCUGCCGUUCCAGCGCCUGGUGCGCGAAAUCGCGCAGGACUUCAAGACGGACCUGCGCUUCCAGAGCUCCGCCGUGAUGGCGCUGCAGGAGGCGGCGGAGGCGUACCUCGUGGGGCUGUUCGAAGAUACCAACCUCUGCGCCAUCCACGCCAAGCGCGUCACCAUCAUGCCCAAGGACAUCCAGCUCGCCAGAAGAAUCCGCGGCGAACGCGCUUAG